ACACAAAAAUUCCUAGCAUUAUCUUACACAUCUCUUUCGAACAUAAACACAAACUCGACGAGAAGCUCUGUAGUGAUAUUUUGGGAAACUCCACAGACCCUUUUCCUUGCAUUUGCAAUCAGUCGACUCAGCUCUACAUACAUGGAUUUGUUGUUGACACGAUGCACCGGUUCUUCUCAAAUGGCAUCUCAUUGCUCUAUUAUCCAAAUGGAUAUUUCUGGUAAUAGUGCUGCUAACUUCUCAAAAACUCCCAUUGUUCCCAGAUGCACAUUUGGUUGGUCCGGUACACAAUCCUCAACUUUUAAGCCACCACUCACUAAAUCUUCAUUGCCGUUGCGGGCAGUACUAACUUCUGAAACUCCUAAUGUAUCAACUUCACCGCUAAAUGAUGAUGGAAAAAUAGGAGUCCUUUUGUUAAACCUUGGGGGUCCUGAGACUCUUGAAGAUGUGCAACCAUUUUUGUUCAACCUUUUUGCUGAUCCGGAUAUCAUUCGAUUGCCAAGAUUGUUUCGCUUUCUUCAAAAGCCCUUGGCACAAUUCAUAUCUGUUGCCAGAGCCCCUAAGAGCAUGGAAGGAUAUGCUUCAAUUGGGGGUGGUUCUCCUCUUAGAAAGAUAACAGAUGAGCAGGCUGAAGCUUUGAGAAAAGCACUAUGUGAUAAAAAUAUACCAGCAAACGUGUAUGUUGGAAUGCGUUACUGGCAUCCAUUUACGGAGGAAGCUAUUGAACAGAUAAAAAAGGAUGGUAUCACGAAGUUGGUUGUGCUUCCUCUUUAUCCACAAUUCUCAAUAUCUACUAGUGGUUCAAGUCUUCGGCUUUUGGAGAGUAUAUUCCGGGAGGACGAAUAUCUAGCUAACAUGCAGCACACUGUCAUACCUUCAUGGUACCAGCGUGAUGGAUAUAUAAAAGCAAUGGGAGAUUUAAUUGAAAAGGAAUUGGAAAAAUUUGAUCAGCCUAAAGAGGUGAGGAUAUUUUUUAGUGCUCAUGGGGUGCCACUUGCCUAUGUGGAAGAAGCUGGUGACCCAUACAAGGCUGAGAUGGAAGAAUGCAUAGACUUGAUUAUGGAAGAACUAGAAAAGAGAAAGCUGACCAAUCCAUAUACUCUUGCUUAUCAGAGCAGAGUUGGACCUGUGGAAUGGCUGAAACCAUAUACGGAUGAGACAAUCAUUGAGCUUGGUCAGAAAGGAGUUAAAAGUCUUCUGGCUGUUCCAAUCAGCUUUGUCAGUGAACAUAUUGAAACUUUAGAGGAGAUUGAUGUUGAGUACAAGGAACUGGCUCUCAACUCUGGCAUAGAGAAAUGGGGUCGUGUACCUGCUCUAGGAUGUCAGCCUACCUUCAUUACAGACCUGGCAGAUGCAGUGAUCGAAAGUCUUCCGUAUGUGGGGGCAAUGGCAGUGUCAAACAUUGAGGCUCGACAGUCUCUUGUUCCACUAGGCAGUAUAGAAGAGCUACUAGCGGCAUAUGAUUCACAACGAAGGGAGCUACCAACACCCGUGACGUUCUGGGAGUGGGGAUGGACAAAAAGUGCAGAAACAUGGAACGGAAGAGCAGCUAUGCUAGCAGUGGUGGUUCUACUUUUCCUCGAAGUGACCACAGGAGAGGGUUUCCUGCAUCAGUGGGGUGUAUUGCCAAUUUCGCGUUAAUACACAAUUUUUUCCUCACACAUAUACAAGUCUGUCUAUACUCUAGUUUCCUUUGGUUUCUGGGACUUGAGUGGGUGAAUGAAAUAUGGUGAAAAGAAAACCAAAGUUUUGAAUCUCCAA